AUGGGGUCUUGCAUGGAGAGGAUCAUGAAGGCCCAGACCCUGAGGGACAACAACAUGGGGUCUUACAUGUCGAGCAAGAAGACCAUGGAGAUUAAUCCUGACAAUGGCAUAAUGUUGGAGUUGAGGAAGAGGGCUGAGGUGGACAAGAAUGACAAGUCUGUAAAGGAUCUUGUUAUGCUGUUGUAUGAUACUUCUCUAAUAAUCUCUGGUUUAAGCUUGGAUGGCGUGUAA